UGCCCUUGCGUCGCGGCCGCCGCCCUCGCAGCCGAGGCCGCGCGGCGGGCGCUCUCGCCGCGCCGCCGCCGCGAGGAGCGCGCCGACGAGGCCUCCGCCGACAACUCCACGCACGCCACGGCCGCGGCCGACAGCGAGGCCGAGGGCGCCGAGAAGACCAAGGAGGCCGAGGCCAAGGUCCAGGAGCAGAUGGAGGACCUCGAGAGGUGCCGCAAGGAGCUCGAGGAGGCCAAGGCGAAGCUCAAGAAGCUCCAGGACGCACAGGCGGCCAAGAAUAAGGCCAACGGCACCAGCAACGGCACCAGCAACGGCACCAGCAGCGGCACCGGCGCCGCGGACGCGGAGGCCACCGCGGAGGAGCAGAGCGCCGUGGACGCCCUGGAGGUGGCCAGGAAGGAGCGCCGCGAAGCAGGAGGAGAAGAAGACCCUGGUGGAGAAGGAGAAGGCCGAGUACGAGGAGGCGAACAAGCACUACCAGGAGGAGAAGGCCAAGGCGGAUCAGAAGGAUCCGAGCUCGAGGUCGCCAAGGCCGCCGAGCGCCUCCGCGCCCUCCGCCACAAACAGGCGGCCGGCGUCGACAGCGACGAGAACACCGCCGCCAGGGGGAAGCGGGCGUGCAAGUGCCCGGCAGCACAGGAGCACGCAGGCGGCUCCUCCGAGGCCGCGGCGGACGGCUCCCAAGAGGCCGACAGCGCGGCUGCCGGCUCGCACGAGGGGUGCCCGCCGUGCCCCUACGGGCCCGCCGGGGCAGCGACCGCGGGCGCGACCACGCCCUGCCCGCCGGAGCAGCAGCACAGCAAGUCCCGCGGCGCCCGCGCCGCGGCGGCCUCGGCCGCCGCCCUGCUGCUGGCGCUGCUGCCCGCGGCGCUCUCUGGCGGCAGCUGGGCGUGAGGGCCCCCGCCUGCC